UAUUGCUGUAAAGGCGAUGGGACACCGCCUCAAGCCUCGUCAACGAACUAAAAUUGCCAUCGACUCAUGGAAGUAUAGCUAUUUUGUUGUCCAAGUAAUUUGCAGUCGUGCAAAUUACUUGUGUAAUGGCUUCUGUGGUCUAUGUGUUUGCAGUGCCAAUUCCGCUUCUUCCUUUUGUGCUCAGCCUCGUCCUGGUGCCUUUCAUUGGUGCCUUUGUCAAGUUUAUCUUGAGGCUUCGUAGUCAGAAACAUGGCCAGGUAACAAAGGAGCUUAAGGAUGGCCUUGAUAUCGUUUACGAAGGGUCUAAGGCCGAAAUUGACAUCGUCGCUGUUCAUGGAUUUGGAGCCAACCCAAAUUACGCGUGGACCGCGGAUGUGGGAAGCAAGGUUAGGUUUCGCUGGCUCGAACGUCUUCUUCCUAAAGAAGUACCAAACAGCCGCAUUAUGACAUUCAGCUUCCAAUCGAACUGGCUUUUAGAUGCACCGAAGACACGGACGACUCUCUGUGCAACCGCCCUACUUGACGCUUUGCACAACAAACGGCAGGAAACGAACAGUACAGAGCGGCCAAUUAUUUUCAUGGGCCAUAGUUUUGGAGGCAAUUUGAUCCAGCAGGCGAUCGUGAACGCUCACCUACAUGAGGGGAGAGAAGAUAUUACAAUGGCGACUGCUGGGGUGAUAUUUUUUGGCACUCCUCAUAGAGGCAGCAAAGACGCAUCCUGGGGAAGAAUUAUCGCAGAUCUUGGUAGUUAUUCAGGGUUUAACUCCUACGACGGCAUUAUCAAAGACCUGGAAGAAGAAUCGACCCACCAAAUCGAUUUACUACACAGCUUCAGUGUUUGGCUAAGGAGGAUGUCGGUUGAAACUGUUUGUUUCUUUGAGCUCAAAGAGACCGACUAUGGUCGAAAAAUCGGCUUGACCGGGAUUCGACGUAAAAUUGUCGUGACCGAAACCUCUGCCUGUAUUGAUGGUUAUAGAAAGGUCUCUCUAGAUGUUGACCACCUGCAUCUAAACCAAUUUAAGGGCUCAGAUGAUGCUUCCUACAAGAAGUUUCAACCAGAGAUUAAGAGGAUGGUCGAUGGGGCCCCAGCGAAAAUCUUGAGAAGGAUGAAUCCCCGCCAAAUCGUUUACAAUGAUGAACAAAUACGUUCGACUGCAAACUCUACGGAAAAGCUUAGAUGCCUUCAAGCUCUUGUCGUUGUCGAGUCAGACGUUAUAUUAGAAAACCUUCGACGAACCAAGGGCGACAGGGUUGAAGGGACAUGCGAAUGGGUUCUGAUAAAUUCACAGUUCACUGAAUGGCUUAACGCCGAUAAGAGCCAACUGCUACGCAUGACUGGCGGUCCCGGAAUUGGUAAAACCAUGAUUGCAACCUUUUUAGUUGAUGAACUGAAAGAAAGGGCGCAAUACUCUGAAUCGGAUUUAUUCGCUUUCUUCCUCUGCGACAACAAAGACGAAAGGCAGAGAACAGCAACUGCAGUAUUGCGUAGCCUUCUUGUCCAGCUCUUACGCCAACAACCCUCAUUUUUCUCAUACAUGCAGCCAGAAUAUGAGAAAUACGGGGAAGACAAAUUUAAGGGCGUAUUCUGCCUAGAUUUUGGCGCUCUUUGGAUGGUCUUUGAGGCUAUCUUGAGGGAUCCGGCGGAACGAUCGAUCACUAUCAUAAUCGACGCUCUUGAUGAAUGCGAAGAAGAGUCUAAAUCGAAUUUAGUCAAAGUGCUCCACGAUUUCUUCGAUCCAAACAGCCGCAAUAACAAGGCGAAGUCUAACAAGGUGAAGUCGAAUACCCUAGUUCAGACAGUUAAGAUUAUUAUCGCCCACAGGCCGGAACCAAGCAUAGAAAAGGGCUUCUUACACGGAACCCAGCCACUGAAAGUCGAUACUGGCCUUAUAAAUUGCGACUUGUCGAAGUUCAUUAGAGAGAAGACGGAGAAACUCCGAGACGACUUUGAUCUCGAUUCAGAAAAGGCAGAUCAGAUCCGCGGCGUCCUAGAAAGGAAAGCUGAAGGGACAUUCCUAUGGGUAUCCCUUGUCCUUGGCGAAAUGGACGAGCGCGACACCCAAGGCAACAUUACCGGCUUGCUUGAUAAACUGCCGUCGGGUCUUCCCGAGACUUAUGAAAGAAUCCUACGAAAGAUUAAGCUGGCACAUGGAAAUGAUGCAAGCUUUAUACUACGCAUUAUUUUCAUAGCCCGCCGCCCGCUCAAAGUCGAUGAACUUGCUAUAAUAUGUCUUCUUGGAUUGGGUACAUAUGAUAAAACUACUCUUCCGACAAUUCAAGACUUAAAUGAAUGGAGACAUGAAUAUCGUUGUUGCGGAGCAUUUCUGAAAGUCGAUGAAGAGAAUGAGACUAUCCAUCUAGUACAUCAAUCGGCAAAAGACUUUCUGGAAGAUCUCUCGAGGCACGAUGACCUUGCAGGGUUCUAUCCAGAAGCAGGUGCAUCGAACUUCGAUAUGCUUCAGGUCUGCUGGAAAUAUAUGAGUAUAGAGAAAGCCGAGAAGGCUGCACUCAGCGAAGAGGUGAUAGCACAUGAAGCAGGGAUGAUAUCCGACAAAGAGAUGAUAUUAGCAGGAAAAAGGCAUGACUUCCACUGUCGUAGAUGGUUUGACUAUGCGGAUAGGGAAUGGCGGGAUCACGCACUGACGGCCUAUCCUGGUUGGGUGGACCUACCUGGAAUGGAGAAGAGUAUACUCGAUAAACUGCCAUUCUUUCGUGAUGAGUGGUUAGAGUCAGCAGCUAGGGAAGGCCAAGAGGCAGCGGUAGAACAACUUCUAGAUAGAGGAGCUUCUAUGCUGUCGGUAAAUGGCAUAGUUCUACGCACCCCGAUAUGGCAUGCCGCUAUAAAUGGGCAUGAGAAAGUCGUCGGGGUACUGCUUAAUAAGGGGGCUAGAGUAGAUUUGAAGGAUAUGUAUAAUAGAACACUGUUAUCGGAGGCCACUAGGAGGCGGCACGAGAAAGUUGUUGACCUAUUGCUUAGUAGGGGAGCUAAUGUUGAUUUAGCGGAUAUAUAUAACGAAACGCCGCUGAUCUGUGCAGCUAGGUCAGGGGAUGAGGUAAUUGCUAAGCUCCUCAUUAAUAGCGGGGCUAAUGUAAAUGCGGAAGCUACGUCUGGUUUGACGCCGCUGAUACUCGCUGCUCAGACGGGGGACGAAGCAUUUGGGAGGCUGCUACUUGGCAGCGGAGCUGAUGUCGAUUAUAAGUCUGGCAGUGGCUUAACGGCGCUAUCAAUGGCUACGUGGCAUACUCACGGGGAUUUUGCCAGGCUACUAGUUGAUCACGGAGCUGAAGCCAGUCCGGAGGAACAAGAAUGGCUAGAUUCACUUUCGUCAGCCGCUGAACGGACAUAAGAAGAAGCGUCGGCGUUGUCAUUAGUUCCUCCUGUGAGAGGUAGGGAGAUAUGUUGCCACCAAGAGCUCUCUGGUGGAGUCGAACCACGAUUCCAUUGCUCUGGUUUUUGUGUUUUGGCACAAGGGAUAUUUCUAAUGUACGGGGGGGUAGAAACUCCAAAAUGGACAUAAAGCAGAUGAAAGCCUGUUAUAUUCUCUGUUCCAACAUAGGAGCUAUGCGAACG